AUGGGCGGGCGGCAGAGCACACCCGUCCCGGUGGAGGUCCAGCGGGCAGCGGCGAACGACACCAGCAAUUGGGGCGCGCCGCCGGUGGAUAUCCCCGAGGACGAGAGGGACCCCGAGGAGCUCGUGCUUCAGACGUGGGCGUACUGCAAGGCGAAGCCAACCCCCGCGCAGAACUAUCGUAGCGACGUGGAGGAGCGCAAGCGGCGCCAGUCAGUGGCGUGGCGCAAACGCGCGAGUUUCAUUGAGCUCGACUGCGGUGAGGACAGCUUCUUUGUGUCCAACACGUACAAAGUCAUCGGCGUGGCGGACGGUGUGGGCGGGUGGCGCGAUGAGGGUGUGGACCCCGCGCUAUUCGCAAACUCAUUGAUGGAGAACGCAAAGCUCUUCUCCGAGACACACCGCAAUGAAUUGAACCCCGAGCUCAUCAUGCAGUCGGCAUUCGACAAGGUGUUGAACGACAAGAAGGUGAAGGCAGGCAGCAGCACCGCGUGCGUGGCGUCGCUGCGCAAGAAUGAGGCAGGCAAGCUUUUACUCGACGUUGCCAAUGUGGGCGACAGCGGCCUCCUCGUGGUGCGGAACCGCCGCGUGCUGCACCGCAUCCACGAGAAGGUGCACGGCUUCAACGCCCCGUUCCAGCUGGCGGUGCUGCCGCCGCACCUGCGCGGCCGUGCCUUCUCUGACCAAGUGAGCGACGCCACGAGGGAGUCGGUUGAGGUGCAGAAGGGGGACGUCGUGAUCGCCGCCAGCGACGGGCUAUUCGACAACAGCUUCAACGCCACCCUCGCCUCCGACGCCGGGUGGAUCGGGCGGGUGGAUGGCAGUGUGUUCGAGCGCGUCCCGCUUGUCGGCUUCGUGCUGAGCGCCGUCUUCGCUGACGAGAAGGUCGCGUACGUCGACCCACAGCGGGUGGCGCAGCGUAUCGUGCAGGACGCGUACAAGGUGUCGCUCGACCACGAGGCGCACACACCGUGGUCGGCGAUGCUGCGCAAGUUCGGCGCGACAGAUGCCAAGGGCGGGAAGACGGACGACAUCACCAUUGUGCUGAGCCGCGUCACGACACGCGAGGAGCUCAACGCCAGCGGUGCGUGGUAG